CCCCUUGGGCGGAGAUCGGUAUGACUGAUAUCCCCGUGGAGAGACUUGCUCUUGCUUAUUCCGCUCCACGCGAGGUGCCUGCACAGCUUUUUCGUGCGCCGUCGUGUAGCGUCGUUGCGUUUGGUAGGAGCGGAGACACUCGAUCUCGGUACGAACGUUUCGGGGACUUCGGGAUGUCCUGAAUCGAGCACUGCAGCGCAUAUUUCGAAGAAAGUUGUUAUCUACACUGCGAUGCCAUUACUGACUUCCACUUAAGACACCAAGUGGGUGACGUUUAUUAUGGGAGAGGAGCUCGUGUGGAGAGGAGAAACAUGCCCAGAACUGUUUGCAGAUAGAAUCUUUUCUCUCCCGCUCUUCUCUUCCCUUCUCUCCUGCUCUCGCUUUUCCUCUUAUAAAAGCAGGAAAGAGAUACAAGUUCGAAUUUUUCAACAAACAUUUGGGAAGUGUUCAUAGCAGGGUACCAAAGACACGCGCGUUCACCAUGGCCUCCAGUUUAACACGCGCGGGGAUGGUGUGGGCACUGCUCUCUCUGCUCAGCGCUGCAGCCUCGUGCGUUGGCUUCUUCAUGCCCUACUGGCUGCUGGGCUCGCAGAUGGACAAGCCGGUGUCCUUCGGCACAUUCCGCCGAUGCUCAUACCCUGUGCGCGACGAGGAGAGUCAGGCCACGGUGAUGCUGGAGCAGUGCGGACGCUACGCGACAUUCCAGGGCAUCCCGAGCCUGGAGUGGCGCAUCUGCACCGUCACCACCGGAACCGGCUGCGGCUUGUUGCUGCUGGUGGCGCUCACGGCGCUCGCGGGCUGCUGCAUCUCAGACCUGAUCUCGCGCACCAUUGGCCGCGUGGCCGGAGGAGUCCAGUUCGUUGGCGGUCUGCUCAUCGGCUCUGGGUGCGCCCUCUACCCUCUGGGGUGGGACAGCGAAGAGGUCAGACAGACCUGUGACAACAGCUCAGACCAGUUUCACCUGGGCUCGUGUAAGAUGGGCUGGGCCUACUAUUGCACAGGUGCAGGGGCUGCCUCCGCCACACUGCUCUGUACCUGGUUGGCCUGCUUUGCUGGCAAGAGACAGAAGCACUACCCUUAUUAGGAGAGGCUGCAUUCAGCCUGUACGCAAGUACAGCGCUCCCACCAGCAGCCUACGCAGCCAAGCACCGCCCACAGAGAGCACAGACACGCCCACUGCGUGGGCCCCGCCCCUGCCACGCGUCCAGCACUGCUGAGACGCUCCACUCAUAUGGGCUGUAACCCACUCAUGGAAAACAGACGGAUCAUGUGAGCCAUACAAACAGACCAAUCAGAUUGAGAGACUGGCUCUCACGCACUCUACAGUCUACAGGAUGAGGUCCAUGUAGCAGAACAGACACGUCCCAUUUUAAUGGCUACUAUGAAUCCUGAGACUGUGAUGUCCUGUAGUGAUAGUGCCGUCUGUUACAAAAGAACAGAAAACACUGCUUUGCUCUUCUGAAUCCUUUAUCUCUCCAUGUAUUUAGCACAUGUCUGCAUCACACUAUGAAAUGCAAUAGUUGUCACAUUUACAGCCGUAUCAUCAAAUUAGCCUUUUCAAAAGUUUCAUUCUUAUUAUUUCAUGGUCAUGUAUAGACAGUUAGAAACAGUUAUAUGUACUUUACUAUACAACGUAUGCUUUAUAUUGCCGUAUACAUUUUGUGAAUAGAAAAACACACGAAAUGCAUUGCUCCAGUCAUUUCAAUGUUUCCUCAUGGUGUUUGUAAAUAAAGUCUGUUUAUAAACA